CAACAAUUAUAGUCCAACGGAGCGGGGAUCGAACCCCCACCUAAUGUAAUGUAGGUAAUGAGUCUGACUGCCUUUAUCGUUGAGCUGUUGAGGCUCUAAAUAUUAUGCGUUUAGUAUUUUACUGUACAAUAAGCACAGCUACAAGGGAUAAUUCCAAACAUUAUAAUUUCCUGCCAUGUUUACUAUGUUUACAUAGUUGUCUAAGUACCCAUGUAAUAGCAGACUCCGAGUACUUUAUAAAUACCUGAGGGAUUCUAAUGAAUGGUUUAGUUACUGUCUCUCUACCAUAAGUCAACAUUGUUUAGGCAGCUAAGCUAAAAUGCUUUCAUACGUUUUCAUCUUGGUGUUGGUGACAUCACUAGUGAUGGCGGAGUUCUACAGCUCCCGUUAUGAUGAUUUUGACAUUCAACCACUCCUUGAAAAUGAUAGGAUUCUUCUGGGAUAUACCAAGUGUUUCCUUGAUCAAGGACCUUGCACAGCAGAAGCUAAGGAUUUCAAAAAAGCCAUUCCAGAAUCAGUCGAAACUACAUGUGGCAAAUGCACACCAAAACAGAAACAACUGAUCCGUGAGGUGAUCAGAGCUGUGAUGACGAACCACCCAGAGGCGUGGAAGCAACUUGUUGACAAAUAUGACAAGGAUUACCAAUAUAGAGGGUCAUUCAACGAAUUCAUACAAUCAAACGAUUAAAAAACGAUCGCA